CCCCCUGUGGAUAGUCGAGUAAGACAAUACAAGUGGGAACUUUCGUUUCGUUUUUUUGUAGUUUACUUUGGGCGCGAAGGGCUGUGUUGGAGCUCUACAAGGGAGAGAGGAGGAGGAAGACUGAGACUGAAACGACAGUUGGUGGAGUCGAGGUAGGAACACGGGAGAAUGGAGGUGCAGGUGCCAGGAAUGCAGAGUUCCCAGGUAGACCCCGAGGAACUUUUCACCAAGUUGGAGCGAAUCGGUAAAGGAUCGUUUGGUGAGGUCUUCAAAGGCAUCGAUAAUCGCACCCAGAGCGUAGUAGCCAUUAAGACUAUAGAUCUGGAAGAGGCCGAAGAUGAUAUUGAAGAUAUACAACAAGAGAUCACUGUACUGAGUCAAUGUGACAGUCCCUAUGUCACCAAGUACUAUGGGUCAUACCUAAAGGGCAGUAAACUAUGGAUCAUCAUGGAGUAUCUAGGAGGGGGCUCAGCUCUAGACCUGUUGCGUGCAGGUCCGUUUGAUGAGUGCCAGAUUGCCACCAUGCUGAGGGAGAUUCUGAAGGGUCUGGACUACCUUCACUCGGAGAAGAAGAUUCACAGAGAUAUUAAAGCUGCCAACAUCCUCCUCUCUGAGCAGGGGGAGGUGAAGCUAGCAGACUUUGGAGUGGCUGGACAGCUGACCGACACCCAGAUGAAGAGAGAGACAUUUGUAGGCACACCGUUCUGGAUGGCACCUGAAGUCAUACAACAGUCUUCUUAUGAUCACAAGGCUGAUAUCUGGUCUUUAGGUAUAACAGCUAUAGAGCUGGCCAAAGGAGAGCCUCCUAACAGUGACAUACACCCUAUGAAAGUUCUCUUCCUGAUCCCUAAGAGCAGUCCUCCGUCCCUCGGGGAAGACUUCUCUAAGAGUUUCAAAGAGUUCACAGACUCCUGUCUCAAUAAGGAUCCAGUCUUCAGACCCUCAGCCAGAGAGUUGUUGAAACAUAAGUUCAUAGAGAAGAACUGUAAGAGGACUUCGUAUCUGACUGAACUGAUUGACAGGUUAAAGAGAUGGAAGACUGAAGAACACAGCGAUGACGACUCUAGCUCAGACGACGAUAGUGAGUCCAGUAACAAGGAGGACAGUCCAUCUCAACCCGCGUGGUCGUUCACCACCAUACGGAAGAAAGAUAAGGACAGCAGGAAGGACCAGCACAGUUUAUCCACAGUCAUCUCUCCAGUCUUCUCAGAGCUGAAGUUUGAUCACAGGGACAGGGAUGAACAGAGACGUGCUAUAGAGGAGUUGGAGAGAAACAUCAGACUGACUGAAGACCUCUGUCCUGGAAUCACAGACAAGAUGGUUGCCACGAUCAUGACACGCUUCAGGACGUUGACUCCAACAUAAAAGAGAAGAGAUGGAAGGAGAGAGAGAUUCGAGGACGAUUCCAGAUAAACGAGGGAAGAAAGAAGUGCAGAAAUUCUGUCUAGUCAUGUCGACACACACACACACACACACACACACACACACACACACACACACACACACACACACACACACACACACACACACACACACACACACACACACACACACACACACCAGUAAUGUAACUAAAAGUUCCUCUCUUGCUGAAUAUCUUGGGACUCAGUAGAUAAGGCUUUUACUCUACUGUCUACCUCGGGACAUAGAGAUGAUCUUUCCCCAACUAGCUCAUCUGUUGCCUUGUUCAUUCACAGAGCUUAUUCCUCAUUAACGCUCAGCUGGUUACAGAUCACUAUCUGUCUAGCCCUUGGUCCUAACCCCAUCAAUGUUGUCAUGUCUGUAGGUUCUGGAUAGGUAUAAACAGUACAGUGGUGGGGUCUGGAUAGGUAUAAACAGUGUAGUAGUGGGGUCUGGAUAGGUAUAAACAGUGUAGUAGUGGGGUCUAGAUAGGUAUAAACAGUAUAGUAGUGUAUCUGUGGGGUCUAGAUAGGUAUAAACAGUAUAGUAGUGGAUCUGUAGGGUCUGGAUAGGUAUAAACAGUAUAGUAGUGCAUCUGUGGGGUCUGGAUAGGUAUAAACAGUAUAGUAGUGGAUCUGUAGGGUCUGGAUAGGUAUAAACAGUAUAGUAGUGGAUCUGUAGGGUCUGGAUAGGUAUAAACAGUAUAGUAGUGGAUCUGUAGGGUCUGGAUAGGUAUAAACAGUAUAGUGGUGGAUCUGUAGGGUCUGGAUAGGUAUAAACAGUAUAGUGGUGGAUCUGUAGGGUCUGGAUAGGUAUAAACAGCAUAGUGGUGGAUCUGUAGGGUCUGGAUAGGUAUAAACAGUAUAGUAGUGGGGUCUGGAUAGGUAUUAACAGUAUAGUGGUGGAUCUGUAGGGUCUGGAUAGGUAUAAACAGUAUAGUGGUGGGGUCUGGAUAGGUAUAAACAGUAUAGUAGUGGAUCUGUAGGGUCUGGAUAGGUAUAAACAGUAUAGUAGUGGAUCUGUAGGGUCUGGAUAGGUAUAAACAGUAUAGUGGUGGGGUCUGGAUAGGUAUUAACAGUAUAGUAGUGGAUCUGUAGGGUCUGGAUAGGUAUAAACCGUAUAGUAGUGGAUCUGUAGGGUCUGGAUAGGUAUAAACAGUAUAGUGGUGGAUCUGUAGGGUCUGGAUAGGUAUAAACAGUAUAGUGGUGGAUCUGUAGGGUCUGGAUAGGUAUAAACAGUAUAGUGGUGGGGUCUGGAUAGGUAUACACAGUAUAGUAGUGGAUCUGUAGGGUCUGGAUAGGUAUAAACAGUAUAGUAGUGGAUCUGUAGGGUCUGGAUAGGUAUAAACAGUGUAUUAGUGGAUCUGUAGGGUCUGGAUAGGUAUUAACAGUAUAGUGGUGUAUCUGUGGGGUCUGGAUAGGUAUAAACAGUAUAGUAGUGGAUCUGUAGGGUCUGGAUAGGUAUUAACAGUAUAGUAGUGGAUCUGUAGGGUCUGGAUAGGUAUUAACAGUAUAGUAGUGGAUCUGUAGGGUCUGGAUAGGUAUAAACAGUGUAUUAGUGGAUCUGUAGGGUCUGGAUAGGUAUAAACAGUGUAUUAGUUGAUCUGUAGGGUCUGGAUAGGUAUAAACGUACAGAUUGGACAACAUUAAAAGAGUUUAGGGCCAAGGAGAUGGGUAAGGAUAGAUCCUAAUCAAAUCCAUAGCAACACAGAGGGCAGCAGAGGGUACAACACUGUUUAAUGAUUGGCAGAACUGUGUUCAGGAGGGUUCUGGCUGCCAUUCAUCCCCAGUGUUCUAUUCUAGAAUUCAGUUAGAAUGUCAUCCCACUGACAUUCCAGUUCCGUAGCCAUUCAUCCCCAGUGAUCUAUUCUAGAAUUCAGUUAGAAUGUCAUCCCACUGACAUUCCAGUUCCGUAGCCAUUCAUCCCCAGUGAUCUAUUCUACAAUUCAGUUAGAAUGUCAUCCCACUGACAUUCCAGUUCCCGGAGCCAUUCAUCCCCAGUGAUCUAUUCUACAAUUCAGUUAGAAUGUCAUCCCACCGACAUUCCAGUUCCGUAGCCAUCUAGAACCCUUUUUCACAUUUCCUCCCAUUCUAAAAUAAAGAACUCAGGGCUGUACUUUUUAAAUAUGUACCUGUAUAUUGGGAUAGAUUUGAAACAUGACAUGUUCUUGGUUUUAUAUUAGUAGUUCAUACAUGUCUGGGAAAGUUUGAAAAUGUUGCGUGAUCCAUUGUUAUAUUUCAAUAGAUGUCGAAAGAGUAAUGUUGUAAAUAUAGUUUGAUCAAAAUUGUGUGUGUGUGUAAAUUGGUACCAGUAUAGAGUGUGUUGGGAGAAAUGCUGAGGGGAAGAUUUGUUUAACAGUCUUUUGUAUAAAUUUGAAAGUCAAUUUGUGUGCGAUAAAAAAAAAAAAAAGGGUUUCUUUUAGAGGCAAUAAAUGUUACAUUUUGGCCUUCAUUUAUUUGACCUUUUGGCCUCUGUGUUUCGGCUAUGUGCUGGUUUGAUUGUCAACGCCUCUGAAUCUAUGUAGUAAAAGUGUUUAGUAAAAUGGGAUUUUAUAUCCAGGACUCGUUUUUCGAAAAGUGUCUCAGUAGAAGUUAGAAGUUCUGAUCUAGGAUCAGGUCCAUAUCAGGGUUGGGGUCAAUUCCAUUCAGUAAAAUAUUUAGAAAUUGUUGCAUGUUGCAAUUCAUUUUUGUUCAGUAUAAAAUGCUUUAUGAUGUACAUGUUUGUUUCCGUAUCUCAAGUAAAGACACAUUGCUCAUCA